UGUCAUCGAAGUGGGAGAAAAGCCUUUCCUAGUGAUGUGCCACAAUGUCAGCCUCAAACCUCCACUCCCAUUUCCUACACUGCUGAUAAAAUGAUGAAAAUGCCAGACCCACCAGAGUAUGUGGUGUACACAGAUUCAGAGCUGGAUAUGGUGCGCAGUCAGUACUUUGCAUUGCUCCGCAAUGGAAAGGAAAAGGACUGUAAGAUGUCAAAGGAGCUCUGUUGCAGACUUAUAAGGAACACAGUUACCAGCAUGGUUGCAAUCCUCCGAGCUAGUCCCAUGGGGAAAGAAGUAAAUUACCCCUCCAAACUUGAAAUGAGAGCAAUGUCACAGAAGAUUGUUGAGUAUUACCCUAUGUUACGUGAUGCUGAUGCAUACAUGCCAUACCUGACCAUCUACACCAAACUGUACAAGCGACUGCAAAACAUGAGGUCUCCAAGGAAGAGGCAGGGUUCCAUGCCACAACGAGGCAGAGCCAAGAAGACUCUUUUCAGCUCAGAUGACACAGACAUUGGGACAGACGGUGACCUAAGCGGUGAAACAAGUGAUUGUACCAUAAUUCUUGAGAGCAAUGAUGACAUCAGUGAGGACAAUUCGAGUGCAGAGAAAUCACCCCUAUUGCAGUUACCCCCCAGUGUGUCAACAAAGCCAAGCAGUACCACCCUGUCUUCACUGACAUCAUCCAAGUCAGCUCGAUGCUCCACACCCAGGACUGUUACAGCUCCACCUUCUCCAACUGCACCCCCAGAGGAUGUUGUUGAUCAUGACAGUCUGAAGAUGCAGGCAAGGCACUACAAAACCUUGAGCAACAUGUACAAGAAGUCCAAUGCAAAACCCAACCAAAGCGAUGUUGCUCAGAUUUUGGACCUUGAAUUUGAGGCCAGGCGAGCUUUCAUUAAUUCAGAUGUUACAAGGGAAGAAGACCGACCCACAAAAGUCUUUGAGGCAUACCCAUGCUUCAAAGACAUUCAAAAUGUUAUGGGUGAACUGUGUCGCAUUGUUGGUGGCUCCAACCGCAAAUUUAUAGAGGAAAUGAAGGGUAGAUGGGCAGAGUUUUGUUCUAAGGUGCAGUUCUAUGGUAUUUGGAAGAAAAUCUUGAAACCUCCUCUUCCCUUGGAUGUGCAUGGAGGUAAAUUGCCUUUCCAUGCAUCAAAUCCAUACAUCAAUCAUGUUCAACCUAUUUCUUUAAGUGCCAUUUAUCUGUCCAUAGUGGAAUUCACUAUUGCCCUCUUCGAUGCUCUUCCAUCACUUUUUCCUUCCCAAACUACACCACCAAAGCGGCUGGGAAAUGCCAGUGAGGCUCUCCUUCAUAUCCUUAAGCCCGGUGAAGAUGCUAUGUUAUACCUGCAGAAGCGGCCCCUCUCCUCCCCGGUGCUGCUUUUUGAUGGAACAUCCACCAUUGUUGCUGUGGGAAACGUACCAGUGAGCACUCUUCCAUUGGAGGAAUUUUGGGAAGGAAUGUUGGUGUUAAUGGCAUAUUACUACACUUUGCACUUAACAUACCCAAAAUGUGUUGCAACGCUCCUCUCUGUCAUACAAACUGAGGUUAUCUGUGAUACCAUCCAUAAUCAAGAUGCCACUAGCACAUAUAAAAGAGCAAUAGCUGAAUGGAAGUCCUUCUUUGGAAAAUAGGUGAAUGUGCAGCGUUUUAUCAGGUCAGAUGGGGUUGUUUGUUUUAUAGUACCUCUGUGUAGCUUUUCUUCAUGACUUGGCUAGCAAUGUUCUGUGUUUAUUUGCUAGAAGAGCUCUUAAACAGCACUUCACCUGAAGCAUGUUAAGGUUUAACUAAGCACUUUUGUUGAUUGUGCUGUUAUUAUUGCAAUGUGUGAUUGCCAUGUAAUUUGCAUUUGGGCCUUUAGUAGUAUUUUGUAGUAGCUUAAUUUUGUAGUAUUGUCAACAAUAUAUCGUUUAGUGAGCUUAAUAAAUGUUGACUAUUAUCGUACUGCUGUCCAGGUUGUGAUUUCUGUAGAAUACAGUAUAUUCUAAGAAUAAGAACUGGUUUAAAGUUUUUUGGGCUUAGUCUUAAUAUGGAUUUUGGUUUAUUUCAAGAUGAAUCAACUUGUUUCAAAAUGUAACUUUAUAUAUUGCACUAUUACUGAGUAAUUUUACUUAAAAUAUUGUCUUGUUCUAAUGCAUUACUUUAUGAACAUUAAAAAAACACUUACAUUUAGUAUAUUUCACUUACUAUUUGGAUGUAUUAAGCUUGAUUGCAAGUAUUUUUAUCUAAAAAUCAGCAUUUUUCAGCUUAUUUUUGCCUCUUUUAAAUACUCAAUUAGGAUGACUUAUUUCUUGAUUUAAAAAUCUUAUUUCAAGAUUUCUUAUCAAGUAAAAUUUACUUGCUGCAUGGACAGAUAAUUUUACUAGUUUUAGGUAGAUUUUUUAUCAAAUGUAGUAACUGUUUCUUAUUUUUAGACUAGCAAUUUUU